AUGGUCGCAUUCAAUACUAGAAGUUUUAAAAUCAAAGCAGCACUUGUCUCUGUGUGCAUUGCCCUUGGCACUCUCUCAUGGAUGAUACGAGGAGCAACAAAACAAGAGCACGCUGUGAAGGAUCCCAAUACCUGUUUGUAUGUACCCGGAGGAGGGUUUUCUGGCUUCUUUUACAACAUUGGUCAUCUGCAGGCUACAUCGACAGCGAAACCAACAUCAGCCAACAAACUGAUUGCUGGUUCCGAGAAUGACAAUGGUGACACCGACUACUACUGCUAUUCUGCAGGAUGUCUUGCCACAACGGCUGCUUUGGGCAACAUCACUGUUUAUGAUGUGUAUGGUGCAUGCAUGGAUAUUCAAGACUUGAUGUGGACUGGGGACAUCUCACAGUUUGAGGUAGUGGAGGAGUUUGUAGACUAUCUGAUAUCUACAGGUCGUGAACGCACUUUGAAUGAUGCAGCUUUGGCCAAGAUGCACAUCAUCACAACUGUGGUGUUGCCUGCAGAAGGCUGGCUGUCACUACCCAAGCUAGAAACUGUUGUAAGGACGCCCCAGUCACUCGAAGAGCUCAAGGAGAUGCUGCUACAGACUGCAUGGAUUCCAGGAGUCACUGGAAACGGUUUGGUAUCAGAUGAUCAUCUGGAUGGUGGUCUCACCAUAUUCAGCCAUCCUGAUUGUCCAAGUGCGGUGGAACCCCCACAAUUAACUUGGACCUGGGAAAGCCUGGCAUUCUAUGCCAACGCUCUCUUUGGUGUGAACAUGAGCAAAGAGCAAGCUGAACGUUUCUGGUCCGCAGGAGUCAAACGAGGCCUCCAGGUGGCUGGCCACAAGGUUAGAUAG